UUAAAAAUGGAACAGUAUACAUCAUACAUAGCAUGUGAGACUUCUAAAGUGCCUUUAUCUGAUACUGCACAGAGGAUUAUGACAGCUUUGCAGUCUAUCCCUGUAGGAGAAGUUCAGGCUAGCAGAAAAAAUAACCAGAGUAUAGAGAAGACAAAGGAAAAUAAACUAGAUUAUAAGGAUGCACGUCUGAAAAAUGAAAAGGAGAUUAAUGAUUCCACUCUUGAAUUAUUAAAAACAUCUGCCAGCCCUGAAAAAAGCACUGCUGGUCAGCUAGUCAGGACAGUAGGUAGUGAUGCAAUGCUUUCCUGUCAAGAUACCAAAAUAGUGAGGUAUUACCAGGACUUAGGCUUGCCAACAUGGGAAUACAGAGAAAGAAGUCUUUCAGUAGAAGCAAAAGAUCUGAAGGAUGGUGAAAAAAAUACAGCUGUGUCCCGUAAACGAAAGCAAGAUUUGCCUACAUGUUCAAAGAAAACAAGAUUACCUCUGAAGACCUAUACUUCUUCACAUGAAAGAAGAGACAACUGUACUUCUGGGCAAACAGAGUCUUAUGAAAAUUAUCCUUGUGAUAUCAGGACUUUGAGAUGUGAAGAAAAAAGAGAAUUGCUGGCAACUAUAGAACAGGCAGUGGCUUUUGUAGCCACUAUGAUAUUUCAAGAUGGUUCUUCACAGCUGAGCACAGAGCAGGUCUUAACCUCAUCAGUAAAAGGAGUUGUUGUGUUAGUGAAGAAUCAGAGUGAUCACUCUUGCUGUCCCAGUUACUCGUCAACUGAUUGUACUCGGAAUACUGCUAAUGAGUAUGAUAAAUUAAUUUAUUUAAAGACUGAUUGGCCAUCGCUUUGGCAACAAGAACAGCAGGCUCACAAGAAAUUUGCUUGGCAAGUGUUGUUGCAAAUGCUACGUUGCAAAGUUCCAAUUAUUUGCUUCAAUGCAAAAGAUUUCCUGAGGACUCUACUUCAAGUUUAUAGUAAUGAAAUUAGCUGGAAACAAGUUGCUGAUAGCGUCGUGUUAGAUCCAAGGAUUGCAGCAUGGCUGAUAAACCCCAGUGACACAGUUCCCUCUUUUGAAUGUUUAAUACAGAAGUAUUUUGAAAAGCCUUUCUCCAUGGGAACAGUAAAUACAGACACAGGCACUCUGAGAAAUGUAUCAUAUCAAAACUUAGGUGUGAACUUGGAGAAACUUUAUAAUGUAAUGAUGGACCUUACUCAUGAAUUGCAGGAUCAAGGUUUGUGGAAAUUAUUUUGCACAUUAGAGCUCCCACUUAUCAAAAUUCUGGCAGUGAUGGAAACACACAAAAUACAUGUGAACAAACAAGAACUGAAAAAAACAUCAGAGAUUCUUGGGCUGCGACUCAAAGAGCUUGAACAGGAAGCUCAUCAAGUUGCUGGAGAACGAUUCCUCUUGACCAGCAGUAGUCAGCUCAGAGAGGUGCUGUUUGAAAAGUUAAAACUUCAUGCACUGUGUGACAAGGUUCACAGAACUGAAAUGCAACAAGUUGCAUCCACCUCGGAAGUUGUGCUAACUAAGUUGCAAGAUCUUCAUCCUUUGCCUAAGAUAAUUUUAGAAUACAGACAGGUUCAUAAGAUGAAGUCAACUUAUGUGGACGGACUCCGAACGUGCAUGAGAAAGGGAUUUAUUUCCUCUACGUGGAAUCAGACAGGAACUGCAACUGGCAGGCUUUCAUCCAAACGUCCAAAUAUUCAAGGCAUCUCCAAACAUCCAGUUAGAAUUACAAAGAAACAGUACGUAAAAGGAAAAGAAGAGGAAAUACUAACAAUUUCCCCAAGAACAUUGUUUGUUUCCAAAAAAGGAUAUACAUUUUUAGCAGCAGAUUUUUCCCAUAUUGAGUUAAGGAUCCUUGCUGACUUAUCAUCUGAACCUGAACUUUUGAAACUAUUCCAAGAACCUGAAACCACUGAUAUCUUUUCCUCACUGGCCUCUCAGUGGAAGGGAAUUCCAAGUGAACAAGUGAAACACACUGAUAGAGAGCAAGCAAAGCGUAUUGUUUACUCAGUGGUUUAUGGAGCAGGUAAAGAACGCCUUGCUGACUGCCUGGGUAUUACUCCUCUUCAAGCCAGUCAAUUUAUAGAGAGUUUUAUGCAAAAAUACAAGAAAGUGCAUGAAUUUACAAAGAAAACCAUUGACCAGUGCCGAAAUAAAGGUUAUGUGGUUUCCAUUAUGGGACGUAAGAGACCACUGGCUAAUAUCAGUGCACAGGAUUACAAACUACGCACUCAAGCUGAGAGGCAGGCUGUCAAUUUUGUUGUUCAAGGAUCUGCAGCUGAUCUUUGUAAAAUGGCUAUGGUGGAGAUUUUUACUUCUGUUGUUGAUUCUCCAACUUUAACAGCCAGGUUAAUUGCUCAGAUUCAUGAUGAAUUGUUGUUUGAAGUAGAAGAUUCUCAAAUCCAGGAAUUUUCAGGACUGGUAAAAAGAACAAUGGAGUCCCUGCAGCAAACCACAGCCUUGGAAGUGCCACUAAAGGUUCCCUUGAAAGUGAUUCUUACCACUGGGAAAUCAUGGGGGUGUAUGACAGAGCUGUGA